AUGGCUGCACGCCGUGGGUUGUGCCUGGUGCUGCUGAUCUGUGUGCUGCUGCGAGCUGCCGCCACUGCUGAAGAGAAUGAUGGCUCCAGCAAACCAAAAGGAAGAAGUUUCAUUGGCUAUAAGGUUCCAAUUGCAAAUAAUUCAGAAGAGUUAUACAAGGUGGAUGAAUUUGUAGCAGAAGUCCUCACAGGAAAGCUGACUACAGUUUUUAUUCCCAUUGUUUAUAUACUUGUCUUUAUAAUUGGCUUUCCGAGCAAUGCCAUGGCCCUCUGGGUCUUUUUUUUCCGAACAAAGAAGAAACAUCCGGCUGUGAUUUAUAUGGUUAACUUGGCAUUGGCAGACCUUCUUUUUGUUGUCUGGUUCCCACUGAAGAUUUCAUACCAUCUAAACGGUAAUAACUGGCUAUUUGGUGAAGGUCUCUGCAAAGUAUUUGUUGGAUUUUUCUAUGGAAAUAUGUACUGUUCCAUCCUUUUCAUGACAUGUCUCAGUGUACAACGGUAUUGGGUUGUAGUGAACCCCAUAGUGAAUUCAAAAAAGAAAUCAGAAAUUGCUUUGGGUAUCUCCAUUGCUAUCUGGAUACUGAUUUUGUUGGGCAACAUACCAUUGUAUCUUGUUAAUCAGACAGCAUAUAUUUCAAAUCUAAACAUCACAACCUGCCACGAUGUGUUGCCUGAAAAUGUUUUGGCUCAUGAUAUGUUCAGUUAUUUCCUCUCACUUGCAAUUGGACUCUUCUUAAUCCCGGCUAUCAUCACUGCUGUCGCAUACAUUCUAAUGAUUAAGACCCUGAGCGCUUCUAUCAUAGAUGUAAGCACUGGGAAGAAACGAAAAAGAGCAAUCAAACUCAUUAUUGUUGUCCUGUCCAUGUAUCUCGUCUGUUUUACACCUAGCAAUGUGCUGAUUAUUGUGCACUAUUCACUCCUCAAGACCUACAGCCAGAGCCAUCUGUAUGUGUGGUACAUAACUGCGCUGUGUCUUUCCGCUUUGAAUAGUGGUAUCGAUCCAUUCAUCUACUAUUAUAUUUCAAAAGACUUCAGAGACAACCUUAAAUAUGCUCUUCUUUGCCGAAGUGUGCGAACUACACAGAGGAUGCAAGUGUCUCUCUCAUCAAGCAAGUACCUCAAGAAAUCAAAUUCUUACUCUUCAAACUCAAGUAGGACCAAUAAAUCAACCUACUGAGUUUAAUCUUAGGAAAGUGAACUUUUGUUAUUACUGGUGAAAGGAUGUGAGUGACAAUAGACUUUGUACAAGAGACUCUGAUGAAACACCUCUGCAUUUUAAUUACAUUGAAGUCUGGAAUUUGGAACUGACAGUUGCUUAUUUUAUGUAGAAAUUUUAAGCAGAUAAAUCUUCCUUGGAAACUGGGGGAAAAAAAGAAGACAUUUCAGAUGCUGUGCAAAAAUGCUGCUGACCUAGAAGUGAGG